UGGAAAAAAAAAUCAUUCAAUAAGAUUAAAAAUAUAUAUCCAGAUUUCCUUUUUAGCCUAUAUGAAAGGAGGAAACUUUAAACAUCUGAUGCAUCUUGAGGCAGAAGUACGGAAAAAUUGAUCGAAGUGGAGUACUGAUUUCAGGACGGAGUAACUAUGGUAAAAAAAAGAGGAAUGGUGACGCAGAAGCUUCCAUGAUCUUGCAGCGCAAGAGCGGCCAUAUUCUUUGUAUAGUUUCUGUUUAAUAUUCACUGAGAUGUUUUAACAGUACUUCAUAUAUAUUCUCCUAACCAUCAUCUUCCUUUCAAUAGAAUUUUAAUACUUACAAUUUCAACUAUAAUGGCAGAGAACAAGUACAUGUUCACAACGCCCUCAAUCCCGCUGAGAAUUUGCAUUAGAAAGAAAAGCAUUAAUUUGCCGACUUCUAAAAUGAGACGAAACUCCUCUCCUAAUAUGUAUUUUCCCGUAGAAAGCGUGUCACUGUGCAAUUAUAAAUGCAUGUCUACACGGUUCACAUGUUAGUUUUCAUUGGGUCUCUGUGAAUUAUUAGUUUAUGAAACCACGUUCUGGAAAAAGGGCUGUCGUUGGCAAUGCUAAUUUCCACACAAAGGGAAAUCAGUUACAAUAUGUAAUUAUAACGGGCAUGCUAGAAAGUAACAUAUUGUUGUCAUAACAAAUGUUAUUUUCGAUUAAUAAAAUGAUGUUGAUAAUUAAAAUGUAAAGUGUAACGUUAGACAACAUUAGACAUGUGGGUUUAAAAAUACGACGGAACACAACAAUCAGGCCAUAAUUGGAGCGCGCGUCGCUUUUUGUUUGUCGUUUCUAUAUUAUUUUCUAUAUUUAAAGCCGAAAGGGUUUCACUCUGACAGUAUCAUAAAUGAAUAUUGUCCCUUUUGUUGCUUAGCAUUUUGAAAUGGAAAGUUUCACAUUCAUGUCCUGUAAAAUUUUUUGGAAAUAUAUCAUGUGCAUUUUUUGUCACGUGCCGCGAUUCUGGACGCUUUUGUUGCUCCGAAGGAAGGGAGAUGCUCUAACCUUUAUUUGACCCCGCUCUCGCUUCGUGCGAAACAACAGGUUCAGUUCUUCGCUGCUUCCAGCGGGUGGCGCGCGACGACAAGUGUAGCGGGAGCCGGGAGCGGCGCGCCCUCGCGAGGCGCGCGCGCCACAGCCCGCAUCCACCCCGCGUUCCUAUUUGUGCGCGAGUUUACCUCUGGAGGUCAUCGAGCAGGAUUUACGACUGGACAACAAAAGCACGUGAUUCCAAGUCGUACCCCAUAUUUGGGUGCCUACGUAGGAGGGAAUCAAGUACAUGUCCCAGUCAUUUCCAUAAUUCAUCAUAAAUUGUGCAGGGGUGCUAUAGACGCACAAAACCAUCAAGAGCCACAAAUCAAGCACACACAUAUUAUCUUCUCUAAAUAAUAACAACAGUAUAAUUAUUGUCAACAAAUGAGCUCUUAUUUUGUAAAUUCAUUCUGCGGUCGCUAUCCUAAUGGCGCGGAGUACCAGUUACAUAAUUAUGGAGAUCACAGCUCAGCCACCGAGCAAUACAGGGAUUCAACGAGCAUGCAUUCCAGCAGGUACGGCUAUGGCUUCAAUGGGAUGGACCUCAGUGUCGGGCGCUCCACCACCAGCCACUUUGGCGCCAGUGUGCGGGCUCCGGGCUACACACCUAGCGCGACAGCCGCGUCCGCGGAGACCAGGUACAGCCAGCCCGCGACGGCGUCUCACUCGCCUCCACCUGACCCGAUACCGUGCUCCUCCGUCGCCAACUCGCCCGUGAGCGAAAGUCACCGCGCAGUUAAAAACUCCAUAUCCAACCCCGCCACCUCGCCCUCCAGUUCAAACAACGGCUGCGCGCUGCUGAGCCGAGACGGCGCGUCCAAGGCGCCCGCCCCGGAGGAGGACAAGCCGGGCGGGAGCGCGCAGACAACUUCACAAAACAUCUCCGAGACGCCUCAGCCACAGAUAUACCCGUGGAUGAGAAAACUGCACAUAAGUCACGACAGCUUGUCCGGACCGGAGGGGAAACGCGCCAGGACAGCGUACACGCGCUACCAGACUUUAGAACUGGAGAAGGAGUUCCACUUCAAUAGGUACCUGACCCGUAGACGGCGGAUCGAAAUAGCACACGCCCUGUGUCUCUCCGAGAGACAGAUCAAAAUCUGGUUUCAAAAUCGGCGGAUGAAGUGGAAAAAAGACAACAAACUCAAAAGCAUGAGCAUGGCAGCAGCGGGAGGCGGGUACCGUCCAUAAAUUUCCGAGCACUCCAAAAAAGUACUGAGAGAAGACGGGAAGGUUCCUCUUACUGUGCGCCACAGACUUUCCCCAAGCUGUGCUGGAGCACAAACACCCGCCUGGUCCAACUCUGGCCUUUUAAAGCCAUUCCCCUUUUUAUUUGACCGUGAUAGUGCUUGAGUGAGUAGAACUGCUUCCUGUAAAACUUUGUUUAGUAUUAGUGUAAACAGAAUGGGGGGAUAUAUGUGUUUAACUUAUUUGCUGUUUAAAAACAAAAGCAAACGCCUGGGGGGGUAAUGAUCAAGCCCGUUUAGUUGCCAACAAAAGUUGUGUGUUGCACUCUUAACUGUAAAGUGAAGAAUUAUUCAAUAAAUAACAGUGUUGUGUGAUGCCCGUGUGUAUGUACGUACUCGUGUAAGUGUCUUGCUGUAAACUGUCAUAAGAAACGGUUGUUUCUUUCCUCUGUAACCAGAAAUACUACCUAUCUUGUACUGUAAAUGUUGUGUGUUGUGAAAACGUGAAUGAAGUGCGUUUCCGACCCAGUCUGUCAUAGCUGUGCCUUUGUAUCCUCCUUUUGCACGAAGCUCUGUAAGUUGUUAUUCGGGCACAAGGUCCGACUAGGACAUGUUUGUCAGAAGUUCCUCCGUGGACUUAUUGUAAGGCCCAGUCGUGAUCAGCCUCUGUAAAUGUUUAAAGAAUGACUGGAAAUAAAAAAAAAAAAAAAAACCGGUGACAAUAAACUUUAUUUGGGACGUUUU